GCACACAUUUUGCGCUGUCUCCGGCACCCCGCGUCAUCUCGCCUUAUCAGAGGUGCUGACCACCUGCGCGAAUGACUUGCUCGUUGCGUUGCGGCUGUGGGUGUGCUGUGGGUGUGCUUGUCGUGCGGCGAGAGCGCGCAUACAAACCCAAACAAACCAGGGCCUCGUUUUGCUGCUGCAUGCAUGCGUCGUUCCUCCCUCACGUCAGUCGGUCAUUAACAUCGUCGUCGCCGCCAUCACCAACUUGCUUGUCAUUGUAUUGUCGCAUUUACAGCACAACAACUUCCGGUCUUCUUCUUCGUUUGCUGCUCCACUAUCCAGAAGAACAACGCAGACAUGUCCAAGGUGUUCCACCUCAACCUCAGCACCUGCGGCCUUGGCUUCACCAUCGCCGGUGGUGUCGACGCCCCUCUGGAGGAUGGUUCGACGGCCAUUGUGGUUCGCGACAUCCACGAGUGUGGCGCUGCACGCAAGGCCGGCCUCCAUGUUGGCGACAAGCUCAUCUCCGUCAACCACAAGCCGCUUGUCAACGUCACUCACCAGGAUGCUGUUGAGCUCAUCAAGGACGCCAUCCCUUCCCAGCACGUGACGCUUGAGGUGGAUCGCGCAAACAUGAUGUCUGACGUCACCGUGGACAAGGGCGACGGCGCAGCGGCCGACCGCCUGACCCUUGCUCGCAAGGCCUUUGAGGCGCAUGACCCCGAGCUGUCUCGCCUGGCCCACGAGCUUGGCGCAGCGCCAGAGCGUCACCAGACCGAAGCCGGCCAGUACGUCAAGGCUGCUGUGUUUGGUGGCAUGGAUGGCAUUGUCACCACGUUUGCCGUCGUCGCCUCUGUCAACGGUGCCGACCUCGCAACUGGCGUCGUCAUCAUCAUGGGCUUUGCCAACCUGAUUGCUGACGGCAUCUCCAUGGGCAUGGGCGAGUUCAUGAGCGCCCUGUCCGAGUCCCAGUACACUCUCUCGGAGCGCGUGCGCGAGGAGUGGGAGUUUGACCACAACCCGGAAGGCGAGAUCAAGGAGAUGGUGGACCUGUACAUGGAGAAGGGCUUCUCCGAGGAGGAGGCGACACAGAUUAUGACCAUCAUGGCAAAGCACCGCGAAUUCUUCAUUGACCACAUGAUGGUGGAGGAGCUCGGUCUGAUGCCACCGGACGAAGGCGAAUCCCCCGCAAAGAACGGCCUCGUCAUGUUCCUCUCCUUUGUCGCCUUUGGCCUCGUCCCUCUCCUUUCGUACCUUGCCCUCAGCACCGUCGACUUUGGCAGCAACAAGAGCGACGCCCUGUUUGGCAUUGCCUGCGCCAUGACCGCUGUUGCCCUGUUCAUCCUCGGUGCUGUCAAGAGCCGCUUCUCCACCCAGUCCUGGUACAUGUCGGGCUUCUCCGUCGUCAUCAACGGCGCCGUCUCCGCUGGCGCCGCCUACCUCGUCGGCCUCGGUCUUGAGAACCUCGUGAGCUUGAACGAUUGCCCAUGAGCGAAGCAAUGCCCCAACGUCAACCGUGCAUCCAUAUCCACAUUGCUUUUGGUUUCCCCUUUCGCUUACAUCUCAGCCAGACCCUGUUUCCUUGAAUUUUUUUUUUUUUUUUGGUUUUGGCCCCCAUUUCUUCCUGACUCUCCUUUAUUCUGGAACCUUUUCUUGUUUGAACUGCCCCUUGAUGUUUGUCUUUGUGCCACUCCUCUUGAUGCGUGGGCAUGCACCCACCCACCCAAUACAUGCACAUCGUUUCCCUUUGUCUCCCUCAGUCUUCUUUUCCUGUUUUGUAUUAUGAAAAGUAACAACCACACUUCGUCCAUCUGUCGUUUGGCUGUUUGUUGGUUGGGUGCUUGUUCUCCCAACUGUGCUGUGUGCUGCGUUGUGUGCUCAGUUUUGGUUUAUCGAGACAGGAGCACGCAAGCCCUUGUUCCAACCGUGCGCACGGAACACACCCUCACGAAUUACACAGCAACACACGAUA